AUGACAUGGUUCUCUCUCGCAUCCUACUGGCUUACUACCUCGGUGAUCAUGGACAUCGUGGGAACUCCAAGUGCGACGAACAAAGACAAGGGCUGGCCAUUCGGGAAUGACGUCACGCCGGUCUUCAAUAAUGUCAUUAAAAUGUUAUACUUGGCAUUCUUGAUGCAGCAGUUCUUCCUUGCGCUCGGGAAUCGGCCGAAAGGGUCCCAAUUUUCGUAUAUUCUAUCCUUUCUAUAUUUCUCCCUGGUUCAGUUAUACACCCUUAUUCUUUCGUUUUACCUCGUGGCUCAGGCAUUUAGCGGCGGCAAUAUAGAUCUCGAUCUUGAUCAUGGAGCUAAAGGGUUACUGGGUUCCUUUUUCACCUCGACGACAGGCCUCGUGUUGAUAGCGCUUGUGUCAACCUACGGAACGUAUCUUAUAGCGAGCAUCUUAUACUGCGACCCUUGGCAUCUUCUGACAUCUUCCUGGGCGUACUUUCUCGGGAUGCCUUCAACCAUCAACGUUCUCAACGUCUACGCGUUUUGCAACUGGCAUGACGUGUCAUGGGGAACAAAAGGUUCCGACGACGCGGCCUCCCUGCCCUCCGCGCAGACCAAGAAAUCAGGUGCGCAGAAGGCCUUCGUUGAGGAGGUGGAUAAGCCCCAGGCGGACAUUGACACCGAGUUUGAGCUUACUGUCCGACGCGCCCUGACACCGUGGCAGCAGCCGGCAGAGAAAAAGGAAGUGCAACUGGAUGAUUCGUACAAAACAUUUCGAACCAAUCUGGUGCUCCUGUGGUCUUUGUCUAAUUGCCUGUUGGCGUUGAUGAUCAACAACUCCAGUGUGAGGAAAUUGUGCUUGACGGUAUGUUUUACCAUGAUCCAACAUUUCUAUCUAGGGCAUUAG